AUUGGGAGCCACAGGAUGGUUUUGGGGGUUGCAGGACGGUUUAGGGGCUUCUGGGCCGACAGGACCCCGGUGCACGAGGCUGCCCGGAGGGGGGAGAUCCUGCAGCUGCAGCAGCUCAUCGAGAGCGGGGCCUGCGUCAACGCCGUCACCUACGACUCCAUCACCCCCCUGCACGAGGCCAGCCUCAGGGGGCAGACCCAGUGUGUCAAACUGCUGCUGGAUGCGGGGGCACAGGUGGAUGCCAGGAACAUCGAUGGCAGCACCCCGCUGUGUGACGCCUGCGCCUCGGGGAGCAUUGAGUGUGUCAAGGUGCUGCUGUCCCAUGGGGCCAAGGUGAACCCCCCCCUGUACACGGCCUCCCCUCUCCACGAAGCCUGCAUGAAUGGCAGCCCCGAGUGCGUCCAGCUGCUCAUCGACGUCGGCGCCAACCUGGAGGCUCACGACUGUCACUUUGGGACUCCCCUGCACGUGGCCUGUGCCAGGGAGCACCUGGACUGUGCCAAGCUGCUGCUCAAGGCAGGGGCCAACGUGAACGCUGCCAAGCUGCACGAGACGGCCCUUCACCACGCGGCCAAGGUGAAGAACGUGGACCUGGUGGAGAUGCUGGUGGAGUUCGGAGGGAACAUCUACGCCAGGGACAACCGGGGCAAGAAACCCUCGGAUUACACCUGGAGCAGCAGCCCCACAGCCAAGUGCUUCGAGUACUACGAGAAGACGCCGCUGAGCCUGUGCCAGCUGUGCCGGGUGACGGUGAGGAAAGCGGCCGGACAGGGGGCCCUGCAGAAGAUCUCCAAGCUCGACAUUCCCCCCCGGCUCAUCCAGUACCUGUCCUACAACUGACACGGGAUGGCGGGGCAGGAAAACCCCCCGGAGCGCCCAGGCCACCGAGUAUCUGCUCUUCCUCCUCUGCCUCCCCCGUCCCC